UCCAAGCAGGCAGUGACUAAACUUUCAGUGCGGAGCGAGCGCUCGAGUCGUGAGGUUGUGCAGUGUGUCGCGUUCUGUUUCGUCUGCUCUCGGAGAGUGACGCUCAGUGUGAGGUGGUGUUUUGGAUUGGAAAGGCUCCGCCAGUGUGGAAGACUUCCCCGUGCUGCAGUCCCGCUGCCGCCCCUGUUCAGUGAAGUGCUUCCCCGCCCCCCUGCGCGUCUCCGGAAAAUGUCUGUCAGCGCAGUGGAAGUGGAACCCUGCCUGGCAUUGUGCAGUGCUUCCCACAGCCCAGUGCACCAGAUUCGCUGGUGAUAACCACCUGGAUUCGAGUGCAUUGCCACUGGUUCCCCCUUCGGCCGCCUGCGCCUGCGCCUGCACCAGCACCUGUCGCCGUGCGUGUAGCUGCCACCCAGCCACACGUAACCUCUGCAGCUGUGCCCAGCUGCGGACAGCUGCUCCAGCCCAGUUGCUUAACCUCAAGAUGGCCCAUCCCCUGCAGUCGGGGGCCGCGCCCGAGGCCUGGCCGUGCGAAGAGGGCACCAAGAUCCGGGACUACUCGGACAAGUGCCACUCCGUGUACGACUCUGGCUGCAUCUCUGGGGCCAACCUUAGUUCAGACUUGUCCCUCUCGGAGGACUUAAGUUCGAGGUCGUCAAGGCCUUGUAGUUUUACAGACAUUCCUGCCGAGUCAGUAGUUAGUGAUUCCAAAAGUUAUAACCGAGAAGAUAGUGGUUUGGAUCUAGCGGAACCGUUUAGUAGCUUAUGUCUAGAAUCCAAUGAUCUCGGCAAGCAGUCAUCACAGUGUCAAACUACAAACCUUCCCAAGUGCAAUGUGCCAACUGUAGAAAGUACGACUGUGUUGCCUCAGGAUAACUCAUUAUCAUUACAAGCUUUGGAAUUUUAUCAACAAAAUGAAGAAGGAGACACGAAGCUUCACAUCGCCGUGGUGCAGGGCUUCAUCGAGGCCGUGUACGCCCUGGUGCGGAUGGCGCCACAGCCCCACCUGCUCAACAUCCAGAACUGCGACGGACAGACCGCGCUCCACCUGGCCGUGCUGACCGCACAGCCCGACUUCGCCAAGCGGCUGGUGCGCGCGGGCGCGUCGCUGGCGCCCCGGGACGCGUUCGGCAACACGGCGCUGCACCUGGCCGCCGAGACCGGCGACGUGGAGUGCGUGCGCGCCAUGCUGGAGGCCGUCGCCGACACCGGCAGGCUGCCCGUCGAACUGGAGCAGCGCAACUACGACGGCAUGAUGUGCGUGCACGUGGCGGCGGCGCGCGGCCACAAGGACGUGCUGCGGUACCUCAUCAACGCGGGCGCCAACCUCAACGCCAGGGACGCCAAGAGCGGACGCACCGUGCUGCACCUGGCCGUGGAGCUCGCCCGCCAGGACGUGGUGCACAUGCUGCUGGAGGAGGCCCCGCAGCUGCUGCACAUGGAAGCCACCACCUACGCCGGGCUGACUGCCUACCAGCUUGCCGUGUGCUACGACGCCAUGCUCGCCGAGCGGCUGGCUAGCAGAGGCGCCCGUCCGCAGCCCUUCCCCGAAGACGACGGCAGCGAGGACGAGGAGGAGAUGUACCGGAAUUAUCAUCACCAACUGAAUUUCUUCGGGGGUCCCAUUAAUGCAUCUGCUUGAGGUUUUCUGCUAUCAUCUCAUAUUGGGUCAGUAGGGAUGUGUGAGGAUGUGGUUGUCAUGUGAGCGAGCAUUAACAUAUCUGGCCAGAAACUCUCUAUCAAUGGAAGCUUGGUGAAGAACUGGCAUUUAAUUUCAUGGUUUCUGAUAAAUUCAAUGAUGCUGAUGCAGAUGUUCUUUGUCUCUGAUAUGCUUUUCUAUUUGAGUAUUUGAUUCCAGGAUUCCAUAAUUAUAUCAUUCUUAUUACAUAUUAUCAUAUACUAUUGCCAAGAUUUUGGUAUAUGUUAGUGCAUGUUGAAAAAAUUAUUCAUGUUGACUAUAGAUUGUUUUGAAGCAAAUGUUUUGGUUAACAGUGAUAGUUUUAGAAUAACAAGUCAAAUUAUGAGUUUAAAAUAGGAAACAAGAAAAUAUUUUAAAACAAAACAAAAACAGGACUGACCAACAGACUGAUUGACUGACUAUGAGUGUACGAAUGCUGCCUGCUUUAUGUCAACAUUAUUCAAAUGGUUUCUCUUUCCACAUGGAACUCUUUGUUGCUUUAAUAAGUAAUUUCCACAAAAAACAGUUGUGUUGAAGCUUUAGAUAUCCACCAGCAAAGCUUUCAUAAAAUUACACCGGUUAUAUUAGUGAGGUGUUAAUUUAGCUAUCAUUCCUGUUAAGUUACUAUCACCAAUGAGAUGCCAAGCAAGGGCCACGAGAAAGGUGAAGUCACAAUAUACUGGCUAACUUUGGCUGGCUUUGUCUGACUAAAAUUAAGAAUUUCUGUUAAUAAUUUUCAUUAAAAAAAAAAAACAAUAAAAUUUGGAUGUCUGUAGAUAUGUUGGCAGCUCAUUCUGUUAUUGUUAGGUUCAAAAUUGUAUCAUUAGAAUGGUCAAGGAAAAAUUGAUUAUAAUUCCUGGUGUAUUCCAUUAUGUAUGACUCGGAAUGGUUUGGAAUUGGCUGAUAAAGAGCCUUGCAUCAACCCAAACACUCUGAUAAUUAAGUUUCUAAUUGAAAAGGAAAGAGCAUAUUUUUCUAGAAUUUUCUGUAGAGAUUCCUUGAUUGCUGUAUGAUCAUAGUUCCAUGCAGAAGAUUUAUUGUUUGUUUCUGUUUGUGUAACAAGUGAAGGCCUUUGUGAUCAUGUAGUAAAGAACCAAUCUGUGACAUUUAGUCAUUGUUUCUCCAUUUUCUUACUUUAGAAAAUGUGAUGGAAAUGUACUUGUGAUUAUUGUUACAUGUAAAAGACUGGGGAAGUAGAGGCAGAGAAAUACUUUGCCCUCAUAUCCAUCCAUUGUUAAAAAGUACAAUUAUUACUCCUGUAAUCAUAUUUUGAGCAUUGUCCUAUUUAUUUCUAGGUAUAAUUUUUAUGAGAUAGAUACAUCCUUGUUUUUUCCUCAUACUUUAAGUAUCUGUUAUCCACUGCUGUUCAGUACUUGUAUUGCAUACCACUGGUCCCUCGGCAAAAAAAUUGAACCAUUAACUAUGAUGUUUCCUUGGGAGCAGAAUAAUAUGAAACCAAUGAUACAAUGCAGUGUAGUUGUAUGAAAUUGUCGGCCUGACCUGGCCUCAGAUCGAGCUUCUCAAAACUGAAAAUAAUGGUAAAAGUUCGCUGCCUUGAUAAUGUAUUUGCAACACAUUGAAGCCUACUGCUCUUACUAGGUGAUGCUCUUGGUCAAUACAAUGUGCUCUUGGGGAAGGUUUGUGUAUGUGUACAUAUGAGGGAUGUGUGUGAAACUGAACUGUCACUCUCCCAGUUCUAUGUUCUUGACCACCGUUUAAAAAAUUAUGUUCAGAUACUCUGAAAAAGUGCUGUAGCUGUUGGUCUAUUUUUAUGUUAAGGUUGUAUAUACUUUGUAAAUAUCUAAAUAAAUGUCUGAAAGUUACAAA